AAUAUAAUAAAUAAGUUGAAUCAAAACCCCCAAUGUUAAAGUACGCAACCGUGUUUAAACGGAGGAUUGUGAGGUGCGCGUAUGCCCUUCCUCACUCCAAACCGAACCCCCGAACCCCGAUCUCUGCGUAGACCCGUUUUAGGUGGCUUCAUGGACUUGUUGGCUAGCCUUCCUUUGGUUUGAAUGUGUGCGAGGUAUCAUGUUUUUGCUCUGAAAAUUGUAUUGAGUGAAAGCUGAGGAUGGUUGCAAGCUCAUGUCGACUGUCAACUCUGUCGGUUUUGAAGUAUCUCUUGGAUUCGUGCCUGACGAAGAAGAGUUGCUCAUUCUGGCUUUGCUUCUGGAACCUGGGGUGUUUCUGCUAGGACAUGAUGAAUUUUCUGAAUUUUCCAUGCGGUAUUGGUGGAUCGAAAAGAACUCAGCCGCACGAUGGGCACCAAAUGUUAACACUAAAAAAUAGAAUAGAUGGUGUGGAACCAAGAUCUUUGUUGAUAGAGAGAAUUUACAAUGAAGAGAGAAUGAUGAUGGAAAAAUAAUUUGCCUCCUUAGGUUGAUCCUGAAGGUAUUUAUAGGAUGCUUAAAUAUAGUUAUUCUAGGAAUACAAUUUUAUUUAAUUGGUGUUUGGGGUAUUCUUAUUCUAGUGGGAUUUAUUCUAUUCAACUUUGAUAGGAUUAUCUCUAGAAUGUUUUCACGUGUCUUGAUUCUCAUGGGACUUGAUUUAGGGUAUAACACUUACCAUAAAGGUAGGGCUACUAU